UUACUGUCUCUCUCUCUCUCUCUCUCUGUCUGCUUUCUCUCUCCUAAGUCUGGUUGUGGAGCUCUGAUUCUAGGGUUUCGAGCGAACUCACUCAAUGAAUGGUUAGGGUUUUUUGUGCUCUCGGAGAAAUGAACCUCACUCCCAUUUUUUUAACUCUCUGGUGGGUUUUCUUUGCUGGAGUGGGUUCCGGCGUGGGAGUUCUCGUCGCCGGGGAUGGGUCCGGCGAUCUGCGAUCGCUGCUGGAGUUCAAGAAAGGGAUCGAGGUAGAUCCCUUGGGAAAGGUGCUGAACUCGUGGAACCGGUCGGGAGCGGAUCCGGAGAAGUGUCCUCGGGGCUGGCACGGCGUCGUGUGUGAUGAAUCUGAGUUGUCCGUGGUCGCCAUUGUUCUCGACCGGCUUGGGCUGAAGGGGGAGCUCAAGUUCAAUACUUUGCUUGGGCUGAAAAUGCUGAGGAAUCUGAGUCUCGCUGGGAACUUGUUCACCGGCAGGCUGGUUCCGGUGAUGGGGUCGAUGAGUUCUUUGGAGGUUUUGGAUCUGUCUGGGAACCGUUUCUACGGGCCGAUCCCGGCUCGAAUCAGCGAGCUUUGGAAUUUAAAUUAUGUGAAUUUGUCCAAUAAUAAUUUGAAGGGUGGAUUUCCUGGUGGAUUCCAUAAUCUUCAGCAGUUGAAAACUCUAGAUUUGCAUUCGAAUGAGAUCUCUGGCGAUAUCGGUACUCUGCUGUCGGAGUUUCGAAAUGUUGAGUAUGUUGACUUGAGUCACAAUAAAUUCUUUGGAGGAAUUUCCGCUGGCAAGGAGAAUGUUUCGAGCUUGGCGAACACUGUGCAAUAUGUGAAUCUGAGUUACAAUGACCUCAGCGGGGGUUUCUUUGAUGAUGAAUCGAUUGUUUUGUUCCGGAACUUGCAAGUUUUGGAUUUGGGUAAUAAUCAGAUUCGUGGGGAGCUCCCUUCAUUUGGGUCAUUGCCAAAUCUCCAAGUUCUGAAUCUAAGGAAUAAUCAGUUGUAUGGGUCGAUACCAAAAGGGUUGUUGGAGAGUUCCAUGCCUUUAACAGAACUGGAUCUCAGUGGCAAUGGGUUUACAGGUCCAAUUGAUGAAAUCAACUCUUCCAAUCUGAAUAUUUUGAAUCUUUCAUCAAACGGGCUAUCAGGUUCUUUGCCUUCUUCUUUAAGAAGAUGUUUAACGGUGGAUUUGAGCAGAAAUAUGAUAUCUGGUGACAUAUCCAUUAUGCAGAGUUGGGAAGCCACUUUGGAAGUUCUCGAUUUGAGUUCGAACAAGUUGACUGGAAGCUUUCCAAACCUGACUUCUCAAUUUGAGAGACUGACUACACUUAAACUUGGAAACAAUUCUUUAGUAGGUAUUCUGCCUUCUGGAUUGGGAGCCUAUUCAAGACUGUCUGCAGUUGAUCUCAGUUCUAACAAUCUUAAUGGACCUAUUCCAAGUAGUUUCUUCACUUCAACAACCUUGACAAGCCUGAAUCUUUCAGGAAAUAAUUUUGUUGGGUCAAUUCCUUUUCAAGGCUCGCAUGAAAGUGAGUUAUUAGUGCUACCUUCUUAUCUGCCGCUAGAGUCUCUUGAUCUCUCCCAUAAUUUCUUAACAGGCAACUUGCCUUCGGACAUAGGUAACAUGGGGAGGCUUAAAUUGUUGAAUCUUGCAAAGAACAGCUUAUCUGGAGAGCUACCAAAUGAAAUAAGCAAACUUAGUGACCUGGAGUACCUUGAUCUGUCAAGCAACAACUUUAAGGGUGAGAUCCCUGAUAAGAUUCCAUCAAGUGUCAAAGUGUUCAACGUGUCCCAUAAUGAUCUAUCCGGUCAUGUUCCAGAAAACUUGAGAAGGUUCCCUAUGACUUCAUUUCGCCCUGGAAAUGAGUUGCUAAUCCUCCCAGAAGGCAUGCCAGCAGAAAAUACUAUUCCUGGUCCAAUUCAUGACAGUGGAAACCAUCAUAGUUCAAAGGCUAGCAUCAGAGUGGCAAUCAUUGUCGCCUCAGUUGGGGCUGCUGUGAUGAUUGCUUUUGUUUUACUGGCUUAUUAUCGAGCACAACUUCAAGAUUUUCAUGGAAGAAGUGGAUUUAGUGGCCAAACUUCUGAGCGAGAUGUUAAGUUGGGAAGGUUUACCCGGCCUUCCCUUUUCAAAUUCCACACAAAUGAUGAACCUCCCGCAACUUCAUUGAGCUUUUCUAAUGAUCAUUUGCUAACUUCAAAUUCAAGAUCAUUGUCUGGGCAGACUGAGCAUGUAACUGAAAUUAUUGAGCAUCCUUUACCUGGGGGAGCCUCAGCUAGUUCAGCAUCUACAAAUCCCAAUGUGUUAGAUAAUCAUCCCACAACAUCUGGAAGGAAGUCCUCCCCAGGGUCCCCAUUAUCUUCAUCACCUCGUUUUAUUGAGGCAACUGAGCAACAUGUGAGGUUGGAUGUGUACUCUCCAGACCGGUUAGCUGGAGAACUGUUCUUCCUGGACGGUUCACUAGCAUUCACUGCUGAGGAGUUAUCUCGAGCUCCUGCAGAAGUUCUUGGCAGAAGCAGCCAUGGUACUCUAUACAAAGCUACUCUAGAUAGUGGGCACAUGUUGACUGUCAAAUGGCUGCGGGUGGGUCUGGUCAAACAUAAGAAAGAAUUUGCUAAAGAAGUUAAAAGAAUUGGCUCUAUAAGACAUCCAAAUGUUGUUCCAUUACGAGCAUACUACUGGGGGCCCAGAGAACAAGAGAGGCUUGUCUUAGCAGAUUACAUUCAGGGGGAUAGCUUGGCCUUGCAUCUUUAUGAGACCACCCCUCGCAGAUACUCCAAGUUAUCCUUCAGUCAAAGGCUAAAACUUGCCGUGGAUGUUGCUCAGUGUCUGUCAUACCUUCAUGAUAGAGGCCUGCCCCAUGGGAACCUGAAGCCAACGAAUAUACUCUUGGCAGGCCUUGAUCUUCAAGCUCGCCUCACGGAUUAUGGUCUCCACCGCCUGAUGACACCAGCUGGCAUUGGCGAGCAGAUUCUAAAUUUGGGAGCACUUGGAUACCGUGCUCCAGAACUUGCCAUGGCAGGCAAACCAGUUCCAUCAUUCAAGGCUGAUGUGUAUGCAUUUGGAGUCAUCUUAAUGGAGUUGUUAACCAGAAGAAGCGCGGGUGACAUAAUAUCCGGGCAGUCGGGUGCUGUUGAUCUUACAGAUUGGGUUCGGUUGUGUGAUCAAGAAGGGCGAGGUAUGGAUUGUUUUGAUAGAGAUAUUGCAGAUGGGGAGGAACCCUCAAAAGCAAUGGAUGAAUUGCUUGCUGUAUCGCUCAAGUGUAUUCUACCUGUUAAUGAGAGGCCUAACAUCAGACAAGUCUAUGACGAUCUCUGUUCAAUAUCUAUUUGAAAUUUUUGUAAAUGUGUCCUGGAAUUAAUUUUUUUCUUUCCUCGACCCCAAUUGUUUUUUUCUUCUGUUUUUUUCUUUCCUCCUCUCUUCUCCUCCCUUCCUUAAUUGGUUUCCAAGCCUUCCCCUUCGGGUUAAUCAUCUCAUUUUUUUCCUGGAAAAUUCUCAUGUAAAGGGAUAAUCCAUCAUUGAUUGAUUGACAGCAUUUGAGUUUGAUCUUUAAUCCAAAAGUAUUGCCGUUCUUUGUGUUCUCAUUA